GUAUUGGUGUUCACGAUAUACACUAAAAACAUAGCAAAAAUAUAGUUAUUAUUCCUGUUUUUUUAAUUUAAAUUGAUUAGUUCACUAACUAUACUUUAAUAUUGUCCUAAAUUAAGGUUCUUCGAAGACAAUUUUUUAACAAUUUCAAAUGAAAACAAAGCGAAGAACGGGUUAAAUGUUAUUUUUUUUUUGUUGCAAAAAGUGGUGUGAAAAAAUCAAAAUCGUCACUCGCACCAUCGUACCAGAAACUCAAUUACAAUUAAGAUUGUCAUCAUCCUCAUUGCAUGUGGGGGUCACAACAGAGCCGGGGCAGAGUAACAUAACAGAAGCAGAGGCGGCGACAGAGGCCAAAAACAGAAUAAUAAUUGCGAAGAAAGGAAAAUAAUUUCACUCAAAAAAAGAGGUGAAACCCCAAUACCCAAUAACAAAGGAAUCCAAUUCCAAGAAGCGAUCUGGCUAGCGACGACGGAUAGCCUAGCAAAGACAUGGAGUUUUCCCAAGACCCCUACGAAUAUAAAUUGUAUCAAAUGUUCAAAAGUUGUGACACCAAUCAGCAUGGAUAUUUGGAUGAACAGUCGUUGCGUCGUUUGUGUGGCCUCCUGGAGCUCAGGGAUAAGGGAUCGGUGCUCAUUGAAAAUUUGGCUGCAGAGGGACGGACGUCGCAUGUAACUUUUGAGAACUUCAAGGAAGCCUUGUUGAACUUUUUGGGCACUGAACUUGACAGUGGAGGCGGUGGCGGUAGCGGUAGCGGUGUUUCGUCUACCACUACAACAACGCAAGUUACAGCCGAACAAAGUAAAACAACAGAAGACGCGCAAAGCCCUGGUAUUGGCAAAACAUUGGAUCACGCGUUAAUUAUCACUGAUCAACAGGAAACAUUUAUCGAUAGUCCUCCAGAGUCUUCGGAUCGUGAAGUCUCACCAAAACUAGUUGUGGGUGCUAAAAAAUAUGGCAGGCGUUCUAGACCACAUAUAACUAAAGGUGAUGAUCAUACUGCCUCCGAUUCAGAAGAUUCCAUAGAUGAAAAAGAUUCAAGCUCUCAUCGCAGUUGCCUAGCUCCAGAAGUGCAAAGAUCCUCAUCUCAAACUGAUAUAGCGGGCUCUCGUAGACGCACGAACACAGGCGCCACCGAAACUAAACUAAAACGCUGUGCCUCCCUGCCAGCCCAGAGGAAUCUAUUUCAUCAGAACAAAACAAAAUUGGCAGCAAACAAAGCGAAACUUGGUAAUGAUUCUUUAAUACAGCUAGCAAAGAAACCCCUCAGCAGUAGUGUGGAAUCUCUCGAUUCUCCUGCUUUCAUGGAAACUCUGCCGGUAAAUACUAUUUUGGAUUUGUGGGAACGUUCUCAAAUACCCAAUGGCCGUGGCAUACUCUUGGCCUUGGGUUUCGAUAGUGAUGAAAUCAAUUUGGCCCAAUUGAAUAAAGUCAUGGAGGAGGAAAUACCCAAUUUGGAUGAAGAACCCCAGAUGGCAUUAAUGAAGGCAUGUCUGGCCCUACAAUCAACUGAACUUGCAAACCUGAGACAAGCCACCAAACAGUUGCAUGAUGAAAAUUCUAAACUAAGAGCGGACAAUAAGGAUGCCAAUAGACGCAUUGCUCUAUUGGCGGUGGAAAUCGACGAGAGGCAUGCUUCUUUGGAAGAUGCCACCAAAAAAGAAAUCCGCUUAUUGGAACAGCGACAUGCUGGUGUGGUCCGAGAUCUAACUGCUCGCUUGGCUAAUGAUCGAGAAAAUUGGUCUAAUCUCAAUGCACGUUUGGAGGCUCGUAUUAAAACGUUUGAACAGGAUGAAAUUAAGCUAAAAACUGAACUAGAAUUGGUGCGUAAAGAGAACGAGGACUUGGAGUGGGAGCAACAUAAAAUGCAAAAGCAAUUAACCGAUUUGCUGGAGAAGAAUAUUGAGCUGCAGCGUGAAUUGACCGAUAUGGAUGAAACAAAACAUGAUGCUGGCCAACAUCGGGAAACGUACGAUAAAUCUAUGGCCGAUGAGGAAGUUUUACGCCUGGUGGACAAAAUUUCUAGUCUACAGUUAGAGAACUGUAAUCUUAGAGAUAAAAAUGAUGAACUUGUAGCUGAAGUGGAAUCCCUACAUCAUGAAUUGAAUAAAAUGAGAAUUAAGUCCAAAAAAUCCUUGCAAAUUUGUGAAGAAUCUUCCGGGCCGCAAGAGGAGAACGAUGGCAGCUCAUCAAAUACAGCCACAAAACGGCGAGGCGAUUCUCCGACUAAAACCAGACUUAUAGAAGAAAGUCCCCGCUUGGGUAAGCUGAGGAAAUGCACCAACGACGACGGCAGUGAGGCCAGUGAUACAAGUGGCGAAUGGAUGGCUUUGAACUCUGAACUACAAAAUACACACCACAUAAAAAUGUCCAAACAGGCCCAAGACGAAAUGGAUACUCUGAGAAGAAGAAUCUCUGAAUUGGAAACGGAACUUAAACUUGCCAAGGAAUCGCAAGCAGCACAAACUACCAACUCAGUGGCAGGCACAUCCUCUUCUCCCACACCCGAAGAACGCUGUAAGGAACUGGAAGCCAGCCUGGAACAAAUGCAAAAGGCUUAUGAAGAUUGCGAAGACUAUUGGCAGGCCAAGUUAACCGAGGAGAGGGCCCUGUUCGAAAAGGAACGUCAAAUUUACGAAGAGGAGCAACAGGAGAGUGACAAAAAAUUCACUGAGCUUAUGGAAAAGGUGCGCGAAUAUGAGGAACAAUUCAGUAAGGAUGGACGCCUCUCGCCCAUUGAAGAGAAAGACAUGCUGGAACAGCAAUAUGCCGAUCUCGAAGCCGAGGCCGAAGAAAUACGAGAGAAUGCUCGUAGAAUGUUCGAAGAAAAGUCUCAAGAAAUCGAAGUUCUUCAAAAUGAAAUUGAAGAUCUUCGCCUGCGUUUGGGCGAAAGCGUUGAAAUACUCACCGGUGCCAAUGAGCUCAAGCCCGAAAAUGCCGCCAACACCACCAACACCAAUCUAGCAGAGUCAUGCAGUCCGGCCAGCUCGCCCAUUAGUUAUCUGUGGCACCAGAGCACCAUUCAGGAGCCCUCAAAGACAUGCCAUGAGAACAGUUUACCGACUCUGCUAACCAUGGCGCCAGUGAGCAAUCAUGCUGUGCGAAUAAAUUUAACCACAUCGGAAACUACAAUUUUCAGCACACCGCCUCAAACAUCACUGCAGUCUCCCAUUGAGAAACCCAAUCGUACACAAUCACCACAGGCCACAGUACCUUCGGAAACGGGCGAUGUGGCCGAUUGUGAAACCUCGUCAACGACAUCGGGUAAAAGUUUCGAAACCCAUAGCAUACACUCGAAUCACAGUCAACAGCGUAAUGCUCAAAUGGCAAUUAAAUCGAAUGCCAGCAGCACCAAGAACAGCUCUACUAGUCCCACGCCUAGCGGCUUGAAAGAAGAACUCAAACGUUUGAAAUUCUUUGAACUCUCAUUGAAGGAACAAAUCAAGGAUUUGUCCUUGCAGCGAGAUGGUUUGAUCAUGGAGCUGCAACAAUUGCAAGAAGCUAAGCCAGUAUUAGAAAAAGCUUAUGCGCGAACAGCACAUCCUUCUUUGAUACAAAGAGUAAAUCAAUUGGAAUUGAAAAAUCGUCAUUUGCAGAAUGUCAUAAAGCAACAACAGCACUACACAGAGUCAAUAAUGCAACAAUCCUGGCGUCAUCAUCAAAUCGAAUUGAAUGAUUUACAUGGACGUUUAGAGGCUCAAACUGCCCUGAUUACUGAGCAGGUGCAGCGUUUGCAAAACGCUGAUAUCCUUGUUAAAGAUCUGUAUGUGGAGAAUUCACACUUAACUGCCUCCGUGCAGAGGCUGGAACAACAAAGAGUGCGAGCAAAUAUAAUACAACAACAACAGCAACAACAAAGACAGAAUAUAUCAGUCCUACCAGGAAUGCCUUAACUUACUGUUAGUUAGAAUUACCAAGAAACAAAGACAUUGUAUUUAAAUAUUUAAAGUUUUAACGAAAAUCCCAAAAACCCAACUCUGCCCAGCUGUACCUUGCACCUCAAAAAUAAGGAAACAUAUCCAAUUCUUUGGAUAACAAAAGGAUAGUCAGCCAGGGUAGCUUUGUAAGCUGCACCAUCAACACCAUUGAAGAAACGAACACCUUUCAAAUUCUGAAUUAAGCACAAGUGUUUUGCAGCCAGAACGCUGUGUGUCACAAAUCCUAGCAAAAAUACCUUCCUUACUCCCCUCCACUAUCAGGUAAGACUUUUUCGAAUUAAGCCCUCCCCCAUCUUCAACUAAACACUGAAAAUAGAAAAUAAUUAUAAAUGAAGUAGAGAGCCAUUAUUGCAAUCAAACCCCAAAUGCCUUCCAAUAGACAACUACCCACACAUACCUAAUUAUGAAUCACAAUUAUAAUUUAGUAAGAAAUGAAGAAAAUAGUUACCCAUAUACGUAGAUUUUCGGUUACAACGAAUCUAUAUAACAAACCUGCAUACUUAUAUUUUUAAGUUUUGACAAAAGACAUGAACAAAAUUCCCAAGAAAUCUGCAAGAAAAGCGCACAAGGCUAUCUACGAAAUAAAAUUUGUUUGUAACAAACGAAACCUUGGUUUGUGUGAAACGAAUUAUUAAAAGACGAACAAAGGCAAAAGAAUUUUUUUUAUUAAACGAAUAUUGCUGAAGAUUAAAGAAUUUGUAGGGCGACACCAAAUCGAUGUUUUGGAAACAAGCGAAAAAAGCAAAUAACUAUAACUUUGUAUGUACAGAGUCAAGAGAAAUAUUUAAAAGUUUAAAUAAAUCUACUUAAGAGUUGUCGUUUAUUUUUCUAAUGCCUUGCCUUGGAUUACCUACUCUAAGGCAAUUAUUCAACAAUUUUUGUCACAAACAAAUUCGUCUCAUAGAAACAAAGGAUUAUUCUCGAUGCUAUAAUUAUUUUUUCUUAUUAAUGAAAUAGAAAUCUAUGUAAAUGAGUAUUUAUUUAUAAAUAGAUAAUUUAUUAUAAUUAAGUUUUACUAAAAUUUUACUUUAUCAACAUACUUCCUUUCUUAUAUACAAUCCGCCUGCUUUUCCCCACUCUUUUUUAUUAGUGCGUAAUCUAUAUACAUUUGUUGAACUGAAUUAUGUUUCGUAUUGCUCAUUUUUUAUAUACUGUUAUAUUUCUUAUUUUAAAUCAAAACCCCAUAUAU